CCCUUACGCAACAGUGCUUUGUCUAAGCCUCUGUGAAGCACAUGCUCCAGAAGUAGAGGUGUUCUGCUCUGGCUGUACUGUACUAUCGUCUCCCGUGUCUCUGCUCCAUCUCUCGAAUCUUUCACUAUGUCUGUCCAGCUGGUCGUAGCUCUCCUAGCUCUAGCUUCUCUGAAUGCUGCAUCUGCACCGCUCUGUAAAGAACUGGUCAAACCCCUGCUACUGGAGGACCAUACUGAGAUCUAUGGUAAAUGGGUGUAUGUGAUGGGGUCUACGGAUCAUUCAGUCUUCCAAAAAGCUUUGGGGACUCUGAAAAGCUCCUGGAUAGACCUGUCGGCUACAUCGGACCAACAAGUAGUCACACUACGUUGGGGAGACCGCAUUGAUGGCAAAUGCGUUGUGGGUGCAACAAAUGCUACCAUCUCCGGCACCACCUCCACAGUUCACAUUCAUUUGUCUGAACACAAAGGUCAGUACCUGGAGACCUGCCAUGACUGCCUGCUAUGGUCAGACACCUCUCGUAAUGGAGACAUCACUGGCAGAUACCUACUCCUGUUUACAAGGUCAGGGAAAAUGGAUGCCACAUACCUGGACACCUAUAAGAACCAGGCAGAGUGCCUGAACUUCCCAGAGAAACACCACACCUAUGAUGGAGAAACAGAGCUGUGCCCUGAUGACAACGAGAAGAUGGUGGAUGAGGAUACUAUGGAAGAGAAGCCGACUACAGAGGAAGAGAAGACUAUAGUGGAGGAGGCGACUACGGAGGAGAAGCCGACUUCAGAGGAAGAGAAGACUACGGAGAAGAAUCCGACUACAGAGGAAGAGAAGACUACGGAGAAGAAUCCGACUACAGAGGAAGAGAAGACUACAGAGAAGAAUCCGACUACAGAGGAAGAGAAGACUACGGAGAAGAAUCUGACUACAGAGGAAGAGAAGACUACAGAGAAGAAUCCGACUACAGAGGAAGAGAAGACUACGGAGAAGAAUGCGACUACAGAGGAAGAGAAGACUAUGGAUUGAACAAAACAACCAGAUCCUCACUAUUGUGCCCAACAUCUCUUUAGUGGAACUUUGAUCCCAGAACUAUCUAACCAAAUAUGACAUGUACUUUCAUUCACUUUAAAUCAUGUCUUACAUACACAAGGAGAGUGAUAUGACCAUGUAAUGAUAAAAAAAUGCUAAUGUUUUUACCGUGAAUGUUUUCAUGUCUUUUUACUGUUUCUUUGAUAGUCACAGUGAUAACAGUUCAAUAUAACUGCCCAAACAGACAUUUAAAUAAAGACAUUCAAACUCA